UUGGCCAAGUGCUGGACCGCCAUGUCGACCCUGGCGAGAGCUGUGGCUACUGUAGCGGUGCUGUCGCUUCUGCAGAGCCUUGCUUUGCCGUGGAUUCCUGGGGCCACAGGAGUCAGAAGCCAAAGGUGCUCCGCGCUCCACAUGCUCCGCGCCUUGCCCGUGGACUCGCCCAAGGUCUUGCCCAGUGACGAGGCGUUGGCGGAGUCCCUGCGGCGACGACAGGAGGAACUGAAGAAAGAGCAACCGCGACGAUAUCUGGUGCAGACCCAACGUGGUUUCUUAAACGUUCACUCAGAGCCCGGGGAUCCCUACCGCAGCGACAACGUGGUGGGUCGGCUCUUUGAGGGGGACAUCGUGAUAGGGAUCCAAGAGCAGGACCAGUGGUUGCUUCACGAGGCGGGUGGCUGGUCCAUUCGUUUUCAUGGAGGAUUUGAAUGGUUGAAACUGCUGGAUGGUGAUGGAUAGCUGGAAUGGAUGAGACUGGCGUGAUUUGAGAUGUUCCAGUGAUCUAUUGGAGGACUUUGGAAUGGGUUGGAGACAAUAUCACUGUGAGCCUCAUAUCUGAUAAUUCCUGGAACACUAGUUGGAAUAUAUUCAGAUUUCAACGAAGUGAUGCAACCAGAUGCAACCAGAAACGCCCGGGUGGAAAGAGCAGAGUGCAGCACAGCUUCUUGAGAUCUGCGAGAGCUGGUGACGCUGGCUUUGAUAACCCUGUGGACGUUGGAGCAGAAGUGAAACACCUGGGGCAAA